AUGUUUGAGAAGGUAGUGGAGUCGGUUUUGGAGGAGUAUGUGAGCGAGUGGGUGGAAGGGCUUGACUCGGAGAAGAUGAAGGUGGCGUUGUUCGCCGGUAAGGUCGAAUUCCGAGACUUGAGGAUGCGUGGUGCCGCGUUGGAUAAGUUCCAGCUGCCCAUGAAGAUGAAGUCGGGUAGCGUAGGCAAGCUGAGCAUCAAGGUGCCGUGGAAGAAGCUGACGUCGCAGGCUGUGAAGAUCAAGAUCGAAGACGUGUUUCUCGUUGUGGAACCCACAGAGCAGGACGAAGCGAGGAAGAACGAAGAAGAUGACGAUUCGUACUUACUUCGCACGCGUUGGGCGAAGCAACAAGAAGUGAGGAUGCUAGAACUGUUGGAGAAGGUGAAGAAUGAUGGCAACUCGUCAAGUGCAAGUGAUUAUGAGGGAGAUCCUGGAGCUGGAGAUCCAGACCCGACUGCAUCUUGGAGUUAUCGCAAGAAGAUACUCAACACCAUCAUGGACAACGUUUCGUUCGAGUUCACCAACAUUCAUAUUCGCUACGAAGACUCGAAGCAUCUUGCGUCAUCGAUUCCAUUGGCACUUGGUCUUACGAUUGACUCGAUUGUGAUUUCGACUACGAAUGCUAACGGACAAGAAGAGUUCGUGGAUCGUGCGCAGGCUCGCACUGCGUUUGUGCAUCGGCGUUUAGAGAUGGUGCAGGCUAGCGUGUAUGGAGAUCACAUCGAAUCCUCUAAAGUGAAGGUCGGGAUGGGUCCUAUGGCCUCGGGAUCGAAUAUUAUUCAUCCUUUCAGUACUCGGAUCAACCUGGCACGGAACCACGAUGAGCGAUCAGCAGCUACGAUCCCUAAAUUGCGAUGCUCGGCGGAGAUAAGCGCGAUAAGAGCGUGCUUAAAUCCAGAGCAAAGUACGUUUCUCAUUGGGAUCGCAGACUUCGUGUCUGCUCACGAAAUGUACUUGAAGCGUCUGCAUUUCCAGCGGAAGCGACCAACUGUUCGUGUUCGCUCGAAUGCCAGACUUUGGUGGCAAUACGCUUUGCGUGGUGUAAUGGAACUACAUACUAGUACAGCUAAUCAGAAGAUAAUUACGACAACUGGAGCAAGCAGAAGCCCAUCGCGGAAGGCAAGUGUUUCUACCCGGCGGUACGAUUGGAAGCUAUUCGUGACGCUCUGGUUCGCUCGGAAAGAGUAUAUUCAUUUGCACAAGAACAUGUUACGCGCUGCAAAGAAGAAAAAGCUGGCCAUUGAGAGUUUGAUGGCAGAUCGAAAUCGCCUUAACGAGCUGGAGGACAAUUUGGAAGUGCCGACGAUCGUCUUCUUCCGGUUGUGUGCAGCGCGGGAGCUUGAACUUGAAGGUCAAGGCAACGAUUCCCCAAGAAAACUGUCGCAGUGGAAAUCUAAGUGGUCGUCUGGGAGAACGUCAAGUGGCAGUUCAACUAGUGGAGCGUCGAAUGGCCGAGACAAUUUUCUCGAAAAGUUGGAGCUCUAUGUUGGUGUGAAUGAUCGAAUGCAUUCAUCAUCAGAGGGUCGAACUUCGAGUUUUCACGAGGAACGGAAUGUGGAGGCUUUGCUGAUGGCUUUGGAUUUAGUGGUGAUAAGUUUUGAAGUUGUACUGGUGGAAGAGUACAAGGACGGAGACAAGUCAGACACCCGAGACUUCCUAAGGUUUGAACUCAACGAGUUUGUCGUGACUGUGCUGCAGCGAACUAGUUCUUGCACUGUAUCAUCACGAAUCACGUCUAUCCAGAUUCUGGAUUUCCGUCAAACUUACGAGGUAAAACACUUAGAGAAGAAAGAGCCGCAAGCGCUUCUCUCCAUGAUCGAUACGAUCACUCCUAACGGUCAAGUUGCGACGCGCAAGAAUCCGUUCGUAGAAUUGAACAUCGAGUCGUCCGAGAAUAAGUUCCAGCUUGAUUGUAAGUUUGAGAGGUUCCGCUACAUCCACAACUUAUACGCGACAUCAAAACUCCGCGCAUAUUUUAUUCCUAGAACUGAGGAUGUUGCGGCACCAGCUCGUGCUAAGGAGAAAUCACCCUCACCACCAAAGUUGACACGGAAGGCAGCUGCACUUCCUGCUCAGUUGCUACGUAAGAAAUCCCUCGAGAACGCAUUUGGAGCCCCUGAAAUUACAAAACCGCGUCGAAGUAGCAGCGUGAGGGCUCGAGCCAUUCCAACCAGAGAGAUUGCGUUUUCAGUCAUACUACCGGAGAUCGACGUUUUUGUUCAUACAACGGAUGCCUCUGCUGAAGUUGAAGCGCGAUUGCUUGGAACCCAUUUCCAGAAUGGAGUUGCACACAACACGUUUGAGCUAUCAAUCCAAGGUGCCGAGACCUACUUCCUAGAGCCACAUACCUCAGCCAGUUCGGAUGGAAAACGUGAAGGAAGCAACGAAUUUGACGCUGGAGGGCGAAAGCGCUCCACUUUGAUGCAAAGUACGAGCCUGGUAUUCUAUGGGCAGAAGCUUGUGGAAGGAUAUCUGGUACCGAAGUGGGAAAUGAAGUGCACGUCCCCUCCCAUCCAGUUUUCGAUGUCCAGCAAGCAAUACCAGCAGCUUCUGCAGGCAUCGGCAGAAUGGCAAGGGCCCAGUCAUAAAAACGAAACGAUGAAGUCUGGUAAAGCUACUUUGUUUGUAGCCGAAGAUGAGCGUCUCAAUGUCGGCAUUUCGAUCCCUCAAAUAUUAAUUGACUUUAAUGGCGAAGGUCCUAUCCAGGAAGCAUUGAGCGCGGCAUCAACAGAGUUAGAGGAACUCACGGGGUUUGAGUUAGAUAUACGAGACCUAAAUGUGAUGGCAAGAUUUUCGUCGGUUGCUCAAGCUGCUGCAGUGGACAUGAGCGCGUUGUCGUUCGUAAAGCGCGAAAGGCCGAAAUUGCCGGAGGGAGCUGCUAGGUCAGAUCCCGUUACUAUAGGGGAGUCUGAAGCCGUAAACUCAUCGAUUCCUACGCCACUAACAACGGCAUCUGACACAGUCUCUGCAGCGUACGAUCCGACAACAGGAAAUCGUAUUUGCAAGUUGCUUGAGCUUCGCGGGAAGACGAGUAUCAUGGUGUCUAGUUUCGAACCACUGAUGGGCGAAGUCAAAAUUGAGCAAGCGGCUCUGUACUGGGAUCACGAGCUGCUUGUCGCACUUGUACGUUAUCACUCCAAGUCUUUGAUCGGCAAGCAGAGUAAAGCUGUCGUACGUCCGGAUUCAGCUGAUCCUGCGCUCACACCCAUGACUCGUUUUGCUUUUCAAGUUCGAGUCCAGCGAUGGUUUGCUUUUUUCAUGCCGAAAGCAUGUCGCCAGGAACAGAUUUCGUUUACGCUUCGUGGAACUGAUCUACGCUUGGAUAUUUCAACUUUUGACACCGAAUACGCGUGUGUUAAGCUGGAUAGUUCAGGCGAGAUUCAACUCAUAUCAACUCGGCUGAAUCGAGUCAAGUCUGAAAAUGAUAUCGAGGGUGAAGGAGCUCGUAUUGAAUCUCGCUCUGAGGAAACACACGUUCUUCUUCGAGCACAGGCUCCCGUAACAGUGACGCUAGAGUCGGCUGGUUUUGGAUCGCUAAAACACCGUGGUGGAGCUGCAGCCCACUACAGAAUCGAAGGGGAGGAGAUGCAGGUGAACUAUUUGCACUCGUACUGGUCUCUGUUCCUGAAUCAUAUCACAAAAGAAAUUGCUGGUUUUUCGCGGUGGACAGACUUGCUCAGGAUGCCAGCAGGAUUGCAAACACUAAAUGAACGACUAAAUCUCGAGAUGGAAAUAGCCCAUGUGAGUUUGUUAUUACCCACAUGUGAGAGUGAGGGAAAGCACAAAACACCAUCGGAUCAUAUCGAACUCGACAUUCGCGACAUUUCGUCCUCAUCACGAGCCUAUCCGGAUGAUACGACACUUGAACAACUCGGCGUUCAAGUAAGAACGCUGCAGGUGAUUGCAGUGAUGAUUGAACCAAAGAAUCCGAAUCAAAUGACUACCGAUGAGGAGACAAUUAAAGACGAAGCCCCAGUCCGUAAUUUCUCUCUUGGACAAUUUAGUGACGUGUUUAUUGAGCAUGUGGCCGUUCCGCUUGUAUCUUCUUGCAAAGGAGUAGCCAAGGAUGAUGAAGGAUGCGAGGAUUCUUCGCUACUCGACAUCAUGACUGUUUUGGAAGAAUUGGAGAAGAUGCGCAGUCACAUAAAGGUGUCUUUGUCAUCAUCUAGCAACUGGUUAAACUCUGCUGCUUCUACCAAAAAGGAUAACGAUGCUGCGGAUGGUACAUCGCGUUUGGCAUUGAAUCCGUACCAGAUCGAGCUGCUGUCGCGUAUUCUCGACAACAAUUUUGCGAGCCUUCCACCCCCUGUAUGUCGCAAUUUCAACGACGCCGAUGACCUGAAAGUCUUGGACAUGGCCUUUGUUCUGGGAGAUUUAGCUCUAGAUCUUCUUGACCCCUUUGACUCACCCAUUGACAAUAGCAAUGGCGACAGGCCGUCAAGUGGCACGACAAUAGCUCGGAUUUCCCUCGAGCAAUUUAAGAUAGCACUGGACGGUUUUGCAUCUCUACGAUCUCAAGUUCGUGCUUCAUCAUGCAAGGGUGCGCUUUGGAAGGUUGAUUACAGUGAAGACGAGACACCUGACGAUGCUGCAAGCGAAGUGAAAUCUGAAGUGCAAACACUUUGUGGCAGUAUUUUCUCGUCAUCAAUGGAUGAUGUAACGAAGCAAGGAAUCGACAUUGUAGUGGAUCAGCGUGUUCCUUCAUCUGACAUCGCGGCUCAUCCUAAAGAUGUUCGCAUCCAUUUGGAUGCAUGCGAGCUUCUACCCGAAAUCGUAGAAUUUGGACAAAGGAUCAGAUACUUCGCCUCCAUCGAAUCUGAGCUGUCGGAUAAAAUUGACCGCGCUGACAGCUCUUUGAAUGUGUCUAUUACAACUGGAAUUGUUUAUUACUUGGCUGCAGAAUGUGUUCCCAACCACGUGGACGAGUAUGGAGCUGAAGACGAAGUCUCUCGUCGACUGUAUCCCCACGACGCGACGUUAAAAAUGAUUGCUAGUGGGUGUAUCGUUGGACGGUAUCACAGUGACGAUCCUGAUAAUUCAAAAACUCAAGUGUAUGGGCGUAACAUGUCGGUAAAGGUGAGCUCGGAAUGGCCCCCAGACCCAGCAGUGUUGAUCGCGCCAGUUCCUACAAGUCCACAGUCAGACUCGCCCACCAAAAAUGAAGAGCCUGGGGCUAUUCAACCUCAGACAAAAUAUGAGCGCAUUGUGUGUGACGACUUCACGAUCGAUGUCGAACUGGUCACUGCAGAAGACGCUGAGGCAACCAUAGCCAUCAACCUGACUCAUUUCCACGCUGUUAUCUGCACUGUUGAUCUAUUUCUCUUCAGUCAAGCCAAAAACGUGCUAGGAGCGGAUGACGACGUCAGUGAUGGCAGCACUAAGCGAGAAGAGACCGAAGAAGAUGGAAGCUCGGAAGAAGGAGAAGCUGACGCUGAUUCUAAACCUGUGGAAUCCCAACAAAGAUCACUCGCGCCGCCAGAAAUUGAGUUCCGCGAGGAUAGUAUCAGUAUGGUUCAGCUGCUACUUGAAGAUACAAGUAUCACGCUUCUUCGACAAAGUGGGCCCCACUUGUCACCAAUAGCGCGUCUUUAUACCUUCCGCGCAAUGUGCAAGGUGACCUACGAAGUAGGAGAACGAAUCGAUGGGGUUGUUCCGACAUUAACAGAGGUAGUAGUGGAGUUCCCUGAUGAGAGUCUGAACGAGCCAAAUGCCGACGAUGGACGCACAAGUUCCUUAUGUAUCGCCGUCUAA